CGUCCCACCAGUAAACACCACACAGCAUUUUGAGAAUUCAUCUGCUUUGAUCUGAAAGCAUAAUUCUAGCGACAACGCUAAGCAAACGUGUAUUUGUCUAUGUUAUGUCACAAUCUGAGACUAGUGUUGGGGGAAUUUGACUAGGAAUAUUCACUGUGAUUUUUUGUGAGAUUUUUAAUGAAAUCUUCCUCCGCCGCUCGAGAAAUGACAUUCGAAGGUCAUCCCGUUAGGUGGCGCACCUUGGCCUUCCUCCUAAUUGCCGGCUUGUUCAUUUACGGUUGCUUGGACAUUCGGCUGGGAAUUCGACCUACAGUUCUGAAGCAGCUCAACUCUUUUUCAUUGAACUUCGAUGGCCAUUUUCACCAAACAAAUACUUCCUCUCAGCAGAAUAAAUCGAACAUGGCUCCUAAAGCAAACGUUUCGACAUCAAAUGGGACGGUUACUCCGAAAACUCUACCUAAAACGACACCAACAACAGCCAAAAAACCUACAAAAUCGUCUGCGAAACCGACGACGAAGGCAAAAACGAAAGUUACAACCAAAAAGCCGCAUGUAAACAAAGACAUCGCCAUGAAAAUAAUGAAGAUCAAGGGGAGGGAAUUGGCCAAAGAGUACCGGGAAGUAUUGUUAGAUCUUCUACGGACAUUCAUGAAAAUUGCUGAGGAACUGAACUUGAUAUGGUUCGCUUAUGGCGGUACCCUGGUUGGCACGUGGCGUCACCAUGGUUUCGUCCCCUGGGAUGAUGACAUUGACAUUCUGGUAAACAACUCCCAGAAGCCCGGGCUGUUGAAGAAGUUCCUCUCAAUGGAGCCGCAGUAUGUCGGCCAUGAUGGCGACCCCAUCAUCAAAAUGUUCUCAAAUAAAUCCCAGGUAAAGAUCAAGGACUCCAACCACCGCUGGCCUUUUAUAGACAUCCUAUUCUUUGUAGAAAAUGGUGACAAAAUUUGGGACAACUUGAAAUACAUGGAUAAGUACAAGUUUAAAAAGAGCGACAUUUUUCCAACCCAUAAACGUCCGUUUGAAAAUGUUAUGAUAAACGCGCCGAAGAACGCACUUAAGAUACUACUACCUCAAUACUAUUGGAUUAACCCCUCACAUUGUUCUACCUGGAAUUAUGAUCAUAGGACAGAAAGUGGGGGUCGGAAAAGGAUUGAGAUACCCUGUGAGGCUCUCAAGGAUGUAUAUCCGUUUGUGCAUAGGGAAUACAUCAAAGGGAAUGAGGCGAUGAAGGAGACACUGAAGUUAGGGGAGAAGGUUAUACAAACGAAAUAUGUCGAGGAGAUGGAGAGUUCCCGGACUCCGCCUUUUACUCUGAAACCCGCAAAAUAG